ACAAACGUCAAAAAUGACGGCAGACGUCAAAAUCAGCUGGAAAUGGAAAUGGAAAAAUAAAAAUAUGAUUUUUCUACUUGUUUUCACGAAUAUUAACGCAUAAAAAAAUAAAAUCCUAAUUGGUUUACUUGAAAAUGUAUUCUAGAAUAAAAAUAAGGGUACAAUGUCCCUGCGGGAUCCUUAUAAGAUGCCUGAGCCAAGCUGAGAUAUCGACCGCUUUGCGGCCGUUCUAUUUUAGUGUACAUCCAGAUUUGUUUGGAAAAUUUCCAGAACAAAGAAAAGUGAAUGAGAGCUCACUGCAACAACUAAGUGCAUUGUUGGAAGCGCAGCAGUCUAGUCGGACAAUGAAAGUUCCUCCUCUACCUUUUUAUUUAAGAAAUAAAGAUGUAUCAGAAGGUGAAUUUAAGUAUGUAAGAAUCCAUCUUACUGGUAACACAGUCAGGGAUACAGUUGUUAAAGUUUUAAGUACCUGUGAUAUUUCUACCAAAUAUGUAGACAAAAUUCCUAGAACCACCCCAGUACCUGAAAAAAUUAAAACAGACUUUGACAAAGCAUAUGAAGAAUACAGCACAGAAUUUGAAAAGGCUAGAAGAAUGAAAAUGAAAGUUGAGGAGAAGAAAGCACCUGAAAAUAUUGUAGAGUGGAUAUAUGAAAACAGUGAAAAAGCCAAACAGAAGUAUGAGUCUACGCACGCAACCAGAGACCAAGUCAAGAGUCUUGCGGCACAACUUUGCCAGACUUAUGGUAUAAAAGAAGUGAAAUGGGAUAGCGGAUGGAACAUCAGCCACAUCAGAGGAGCGUUGCAGAGCUUGGUCGCCCUAGCUUCACAGCAUUCACGACAUAUGACUAAUUUGGAAGGUCGAACAAUAGCCCUCGGUCAGUUCACGGGGGUCAGUCUGGACGGAGAGGUGUUCCUCAAUAUCAUCGAUGUGAGACACGAGUGGUUGAACUUAAUAAAGAACGUCAGUCAGCAAGACAGUGCACUGGCCCUCAUCCCCGACUACGAGGAGACACUGUCCGGCGUGCUCAGGAAGAUACACAUUUGCAGACGUAAGUUCAUGCCGAAGGUCUCCGCGCAGCAGUACUGCAGCCACUUGCGGCAGCUGGUCACGUCGGUGGGGGACUUCCACGGACGAGGGUCAAGGUUCCCGGACCACGUGCCCGACUCGCUUAGUAAAUAUGAGAUCGUUGUUGAGCCCGAGGCGGGUCCCCUGAUGCUGUCACCCACGGGCCAGUUCAUCACCCCCUCGUCGUGUCCCGCCGAUGAACUCAUCUACUUCAUCGCGAAGAGGUUGGACGAGGCCACUCUACUGUUGACCGAGUAUAGUAUCAACAAGCACGUAGAGAAGGCUCUCUACAAGGAAGUGAAGGAGCGGUUCGGUCUACUGGAGCUGCACAAGGACGACAGCAUCACGCCGGCGCUCAUGAUCCUGUGCUGCCAGCGACUGCUCACCAGGGUCGACAGGCUCAACACGAAAUUACGGGGCAAUAUUCUGAAUAUUACUCACUAUUAUUCAGUUCUAUCCGAAGGCGUCCUCUGCAUACCAUGGAACUUUAAAUAAUGCUUUUAUGUAUUUAGUAAACCAAGUACCGAAUUAUGUAGCUAAAGAAUAUUAUAUACAAAAAAUCAGUCAGUAUCAACUGUAAAUCAGCGGUAUUUUUGUAAUAUGUAAAUAAAACUAUUUAUAAC